AUGGAUACUGAACCUUUUGAAGAACAGUCCGACUGUCAGAACACGUCCGAACCUUCUCCUCCUACGAACAAUUCAAAGCUUCUCAAGCGUGGUCGACCUAGGAUAGAACGUGUUGGCGAAACAGCGGGCGAGAGACGAAAAGAGCAGAUCCGGCUCGCACAGCGAGCCUACCGGUUUCGCAAGGAUCUCAGAAUUGCAGUCCUAGAUCAGAAAGUUGCCGAGCUUGAACAAACUAUUCUCGCAAUCCGUGACCUCUAUCUCGGCAUGUACACUUCUGUCGUCGACUCGGGAAUUGCCAUGUCUCAUCCCUUCCUCGUGCAGUCGAUGCAAACAAAUCUUCAACUCUUGCUCUCUCUCACACAGUCAGCGUCGAGAGGUGCUGAAGAUCAGCUUUUGUCCACACAUCAAAGUACAGACGGUUCAUGGGACGAGAGCUUUCUCGGGCACAAACCACCGCUACCGUCCCCUGCCCUGUCGAGCCAGCAUCCAACGUCUGGGUCUGAACCGUUGAGGCUUCCCUUUGACAGUCCAUUCGACAGCACCUCCACAAGUCCUGGAGAGGCUCCGGGGCCUUCGCCGGACCCAUUCAUCCUAGACCCGCUUCUGCUCUGUGAUGAAUACUUCUGGGAGCAACCCAGCAUGGACACGAAUAAUGAUGGGAUAUCCAUUGGUCACUUAAGUUGA